AUGGCGGCCACGCUCACGGGUCACCGCCACGUUCUUCCUGGUGGCUUCCCCAUCCCUAUUAGUACCGACGACGCCCGCCCUCUCUCGACCAUCUCUCCGGCGUCACCACUGCCGCUCAGCCCGGAGCCAGAGCAGGUGUCGCCCUGUCUAAUGACAAAGGUCCCUUCUCUCAACAUCACCACCUCUGAGGUCGUUUCACCCGGCGUGAACGACGACUCCAACCCCAAACUCUACACCACUACGCUCGAGGUCACCGAAUUCACCCAAGUCACUGUGGACGCAGGCACCUCGCCCACCGAGACGGACCAACUCUCCAAUGCCUCCUCCGAGAUGGACAGUGGCCUAGAAGCCUCGAAGAACUCAACUUCCUCGGACAAGCGCCGCUCCAAGCGCAAGCGAACCACCUCGCCCCCGUCGCCGUCUUCCAAAACCUCCGAACAGCUUCGUUCCUCGUCUCGCACCCCCCGCCGAUCCACAACCACACACAGUCGACACAGCUCGCUCCAUUCGCACCGUCGCACAACCACCACCCCCUCUCUCACCCCGUUAUCCGACCAGACGGCCCGACGUGAAGACCUGAUUGCUCUGCAUCGCGAAUCAUGUCGCCUGUUCCAGGAUGACGGGCUGUCGAAACCCAGCCAGCGCGUUUCCCGACCUCCAUCAUCCAACCUUCCUCAAACGCCCUCGCGGCCUAUUCGAUCCUCGUCCAACGUCAGCUCCCCGCCAAUGCUCCGACCCCAGCUUUCCAUCUCCACCUAUCGCGAUCCAGCCAGCCGGGAUGACUGCCCCAGCCCGCGGCCUCCGUUGCGCGCGUCCACCUUCUCCGCCUACGACUCCACCUGCGACUCGCCCACCCACCCAACAGUGACAGUCAUCGACUGGACAUCGCCCUCCACCCGGAGACGCGAAUACGAGAAGAUCGACCGCGCCAGCAGCGGAGUCCGCGGGUUCUGGCGCCGGGUGGCCCCAAGAUGGUGUCGCUCCCGGGACAGCCGCACGCCCUUCUUCGAGGAGGGAAAGGACGGCAAGGCCAACUACGAGGGUAGUGUCCGGCGGUUUCGAAUGGACAUCCCCGAAGAGCCGGGGUACGAGACCGAGACCGAGCCCAGCAGCGCAACGCUUCCGCGCGGCUUCAAGCUCUCGAAAAAGUCCGUUGUCCACCGAAUGGGCAAUCGUCUGAAGACUCCGUGA